AUGGGCGGGCGGCGCUGGCCCCGGCUCCUGCAGAAGCUGCCCCUCGGCCGCCCGCCGCACAACUACCAGCCGCUGCACCACGGACACCUGCACGGACCACAGGCUGAAGAACAAUGUGAGUUGAAAGCUAUUGAGAGAGAGAAGGCAGUAGUAGCUUUGCCACCCAAAGAAGCUUGCAAACUCCACAAAGAUGAUUUGGCGAAAGAUUUACAUGUUGACUUAGAAAGUGGAUUGUCUGAAUUUUCAGUGACCCAAAGAAGGCUGGUUCAUGGCUGGAAUGAAUUUGUAGUCGAUAACACUGAACCGGUAUGGAAGAAAUACCUUGACCAGUUUAAGAAUCCACUCAUCCUGUUGCUGUUGGGAUCUGCCUUAGUCAGUGUUGUCACUAAGGAGUACGAAGAUGCUGUCAGUAUCACCAUGGCUGUGUUGAUUGUGGUCACGGUGGCCUUCAUUCAGGAGUACCGAUCUGAAAAGUCCCUGGAAGAACUCAGCAAGCUUGUUCCUCCAGAGUGUAACUGCGUAAGAGAAGGAAAACUCCAGCAUCUGUUUGCACGAGAGUUAGUCCCAGGAGAUAUUGUGUGUCUCUCUAUUGGAGACCGGGUCCCUGCUGACAUCCGACUUACUGAGGUGACGGAUCUCUUGGUGGAUGAGUCCAGCUUUACAGGAGAAGCCGAGCCAUGUGUGAAGACGGAUGGGCCUUUGUUAGUAGGGGGAGACCUGGCCACCCUCAGCAAUGUUGUUUUCAUGGGAACACUGGUUCAAUAUGGAAAAGGAAAGGGAGUGGUUAUCGGAACUGGGGAAAAGUCACAGUUUGGAGAGGUGUUUAAAAUGAUGCAAGCAGAAGAGACUCCAAAAACUCCUUUACAAAAAAGUAUGGAUAAGCUGGGAAAGCAACUGACUCUUUUCUCGUUUGGCAUAAUUGGAUUAAUAAUGCUGAUUGCCUGGCUGCAAGGCAAGCAACUUCUUAGUAUGUUCACCAUUGGAGUUAGCUUGGCAGUGGCAGCAAUACCAGAGGGACUCCCCAUUGUUGUGACCGUUACUCUGGUGCUGGGAGUUUUGAGGAUGGCAAAAAAACGAGUGAUCGUGAAGAAGCUGCCGAUAGUGGAGACCUUAGGGUGCUGCAAUGUUAUCUGUUCAGAUAAGACAGGUACUCUGACAGCCAAUGAAAUGACAGUUACUCAGCUUGUAACUUCCGAUGGCCUCCAUGCAGAGGUCAGUGGGGUUGGGUACAAUGGAAAAGGAAGUGUGUGUCUGGUGCCUUCAAAUGAAGUCAUUAAGGAAUUUUCCAGUAUCUCAGUGGGAAAAUUAGUGGAGGCUGGCUGUGUGGCAAACAAUGCUAUAAUCAGAAAAAAUAUGGUGAUGGGCCAACCAACCGAAGGAGCCUUAAUAGCCCUGGCAAUGAAGAUGGAAUUAAGUGAUAUAAAAGAUAUGUACCUAAGGAAAAAGGAAAUCCCAUUCAGCUCAGAACAGAAGUGGAUGGCAGUAAAGUGCGCUUUGAAAAACGAGGAGCAGGAAGAAAUUUACUUCAUGAAGGGUGCUUUUGAGGAAGUGAUUCGUUACUGUACCAUGUACAAUAAUGGUGGAAUACCUCUGCCUCUCACUCCACAGCAGAAAUCCUUCUGCCUGCAGGAAGAAAAGAGAAUGGGAGCCCUGGGUUUGCGAGUUUUAGCUCUUGCUUCAGGUCCAGAGCUGGGCAGACUUACAUUUUUAGGUCUCGUUGGUAUAAUUGAUCCCCCAAGGGCUGGAGUGAAAGAAGCGGUUCAGAUUCUCUCCGAGUCCGGCGUAUCUGUGAAAAUGAUAACAGGAGAUGCCUUGGACACUGCUCUGGCUAUAGGCAGGAACAUCGGUCUGGGCAAUGGAAAGCUAAAGGCCAUGUCUGGAGAAGAGGUGGAAAACAUGGCUAAGCCAGAGCUGUCUGCCAAAGUUAGAAAGGUGUCAGUAUUCUUCAGAACAAGUCCAAAGCACAAACUCAAAAUAAUAAAGGCUUUGCAGGAGUCUGGCGCUAUCGUAGGAAUGACAGGGGAUGGUGUGAAUGAUGCAGUGGCCCUGAAGUCUGCCGAUAUUGGGAUUGCCAUGGGACAGACGGGGACGGAUGUCAGCAAAGAAGCUGCCAAUAUGAUAUUGGUGGAUGAUGAUUUCUCCACUAUAAUGAACGCAGUUGAGGAAGGCAAGGGAAUUUUUUACAACAUAAAAAACUUUGUUCGGUUUCAGCUUAGCACGAGUAUUUCAGCUUUGAGCUUAAUUACUCUCUCCACAGUAUUCAAUUUGCCAAAUCCACUCAACGCUAUGCAAAUUCUGUGGAUCAACAUUAUUAUGGAUGGACCCCCAGCUCAAAGUUUGGGAGUGGAACCAGUUGAUAAAGACGCCAUUAAGCAGCCUCCCAGGAGUGUUAAAGAUACCAUUCUCAGCAGAGCAUUGAUCCUGAAAAUUUUAAUAUCUGCUAUCAUCAUCAUCAGUGGCACUCUCUUUGUCUUUUGGAAAGAGAUUCCCGAGGGCAAGGAGAUCACGCCCAGAACAACCACAAUGACAUUCACUUGCUUUGUGUUUUUUGACCUCUUCAAUGCCUUGACGUGCCGUUCUCAGACCAAGCUGAUAUUUGAGAUUGGGUUUUUCAGGAAUCGCAUGUUCCUUUAUUCGGCGCUUGGGUCUAUUCUAGGGCAGAUGGCUGUUAUCUACAUUCCACCUUUACAGAAGAUCUUUCAGACUGAAAAUUUGGGAGCAUUAGAUCUGUUGUUUUUAACGGGACUAUCCUCGUCAGUGUUUGUCCUGUCUGAACUCAUCAAACUCUGUGAAAAGUAUUGCUGCCGAACAAAGAAAAUAAAGAUUCAUCAUGAAGAUGUAUAAUAGACUCAAAACAAUAUACAUUUUCAUAAGUAAUAUAUAUUUUUACUGACACUGUGACUGUUUCCUAAUUCUUCAAACGUGCCCAUUUCUUCAACAGAAGGAUUUUUAGGAAACACUUGUCCAGGUAAAUAGCCCAUUGACUCUCAACACUUGAUUAUUGUUCUCUGAGAUUCUUCCAUAACUAGGUCAACUUUCAGCAAACAAUUCUGAUUUCAUCCAGUCAUCUGUUGUACACUCCCAAUGCUUCGGUCUCUCUCCACUACUUCUUAAAGGGCUAUCAUUCUGGGAAGCAGAUGCACCUGUACAGAAAACUCAGUCUAUUUAUUAAAUUGCAAUGAUUUUUAUUAAUAAAAUUUAUUAAGGUAUUUUAAACUAGAGU